CUAUCAGAUAUAGAUAGGAUUUAGGCAAAAAUAAAAAUGAAUGGGAAACGGAUUAACAGGACUCCCUCACGGGGGGAUAAAAAACGUUCGAAGAAUAAUAGUUUUAUACAAAGAAGCCGGCAAAUGGAACAAGCGCAUAGGGUUGAAAGUCAUUUUCAACAGACUAUUGACGAUGGAGCCAAAAUUGCUGAUGGCUAUUUACCAAUAUUAAAGGAUCAAACUCAAUUUUACGAGCAACUUGUGAGUGGAUGUAGUUUUGCAGAGAAAGUUGAAGGAUUACCGAAACCCGUUAUACAAGAAAGAAAAGAUGACGUCGAUGUGGAUCAGGAACAAACAUACACUACCGAUUUAAAUAAUUCGUUUACGGAUCGCUUUAAUGUAGGACUAACCUCAGAUGAUAUAACUGCAAUACUUUCAAAACACACAACAGAAUUAAAAGGCAAAUGGUCUGCGAUUGGCCAUUUCAAAGUCGAACAACCACUUUUAAAAACUUCGCUUAGCCUAGAUGGCAUGUGCAAGCAGCCUCCAGAAGUUUUGAAACCCGCAGACCUUGAACAAAUGAAAGUGCAAGCGCGCCUAGCCGCGAAUAUUUCCUAUCCUCUAUCUACUCUGCAGACGGAAAUCUUCCAUAUUGCGAAUAGCUACUUAGACCUUUAUUAUUCCCAGCGCUCUCAUGAUAAUGCGGAGGAGAUCCGAUACGUAUAUUGCAUUCAUACAGUAAAUCAUAUAUUAAAGAGUAGAGCAUUGAUUUUACGUAAUAAUGAAACGAUUGCUAAGCUCGUCAAAAGUCCACAAGAACUGCCCAGCGAGGUGGUAUUACCAGAUAGUGUGAGGGAUCAAGGUCUUACACGAAUGAAGGCUCUCAUCGUAUUGCCAUUCCGAGAAUCCGCUCUGAAAACAGUUCAAAUAAUAGCAAACCUACUAUUUGGGAAUCAGAAGGAUCCUAAUACCGGCUAUUCGAUACCAAAGUUCGAUCGAUUUCUUUCUGAAUUUUCUGGAAAUACUGUAUACUUUCCAAAAACUAAUCCCAAACCAUAUGAUUAUGAAAAAACAUUUAGCGGAAAUACUGAUGACAACUUUAAAAUUGGUAUUCGCUUGACCAAAAAAACGAUGUCCUUAUAUUCCGACUUAAGCGCAUCGGACAUUUUAAUUACAUCUCCGUUGGCAUUACGUAUGCUUAUCAAUGAUAAAGACAAGGACUUUGAUUUUCUUAAUUCAAUUGAAAUACUUAUUAUUGACCAAGCGGAGCUGUUUAUAGCGCAAAAUUGGGAGAAUCUUCUCUAUGUACUAGAUCAUUUACAUAUGCAACCGCAAAAGCUCCCUUCCACCAAUUGUCAACGUCUACGAUCAUAUUGUCUCGAUGCGACGUCUCGGUUCUAUCGGCAAACUCUACUUUUCUCAUCGCAUGAGCUUCCAGAAUUUCGCGGAAUAAUAAAUAAUAAAUGCCACAAUUACCAAGGCAAAAUGCGCAUUAUUAAUCCGAUUGAAAAUGGUGAUAUGUGCAAUGUACUGAUCCCGGUCAAACAGGUUUAUCAACGUAUUGAUUGCUCAAGCGUAGAGUCUGCUUUGGAAGAUCGCUUUCAAUAUUUUGUACGACAUGUUCUUCCGCAAUUUACAAGAACGGGCUUCUCUCAUUGUCUGCUGUAUGUACCCAGCUAUUUUGACUACGUUCGUUUAAGGAAUCACUUUAAAAAAGAAAUGAUCAAUUUUGUUCAGAUAAGUGAAUAUACUAAAAAAGAAAAAAUAUCCCGAGCGAGAGACAUUUUUUUUCAUAGUGGUGCACCGAUUUUGCUUUACUCAGAGAGAGGUCACUUCUUUCGACGCACGCGAAUCAAAGGAGUUCGUCAUUUAAUAUUCUAUCAACCUCCAAAUUUUCCUCAUUUUUACUCUGAAUUGUUAAAUUUAAUGCUGGAAAUUAAUCAAAACCCGCGAGAUGGCUUACAGGACAACAUGAGUGUUAAAGUCUUUUACACCAAAUUUGAUUUACUAAGCUUAAGUAAUAUAAUUGGAAAUGCGAAUGCGCGGAAAUUGACGGCACGCAGCAAAAAUUCAUACGUAUUCUCGCAUUAAGAAUAAUACCACAACAUUUAAGACUUGGCUUAGUUCAUUUAAAAAUUGUAUUAUAUGUAAAACAAAAAUUGAUUCGCUUAUAAAAAAAAAUGAUGGAAUAAAAUCUUCUGUUUGGUUGAGUUCCCUA